CAGCACGGAGCGCAGACUCUUCCCCCUACCUUCCCUCCCCUAUCGCCGGGGGAAGGGCCCGGGCCACGGGCUGCUGGGGGCGAUAUUAGGGGGACGCGGUUAUCUUCUUGGAGGGGGGAGUUGGGUGAUGUUCGAUUGAGGGGUAGGGGGAGGUAAAGACCUUGGGGAGGGGCUGGAGGAGGAAGGAGGGGCCUAGGAAAUCGAAAUUGGGGAAGGGGGGAAGGCGAAGGGAAGGUUGCAGGGGUUGAAGGAAAAAGACGCCCCCAAGACCCCCCACCUUCUGAAUUGUUUUAGCCGUCUUGGUGAGAGCGGGGAGCUAGAGUUGUGACUCUUAAAAAAAAACCCGCAAUUUUUGUUGUUUUGGGGGGAACAAGAUGAGAGGUGUGUGAGUGCGACGGGACUUGGGGAACAGGAAACGGGGUGUCAAGGCGUGAGGGUGUGAAGGAGAACCCGCCAUCGGAGAGAGGUGCUGGUGAAUCUGGUAAAAGCACAAUUGUCAAACAGAUGAGGAUCUUGCACGUCAAUGGAUUUAAUGCUGAGGAGAAAAAAAUGAAAAUUCAAGAUAUCAAAAAUAAUAUUAAAGAAGCUAUAGAGACAAUAGUGACAGCAAUGGGAAAUUUGGCACCUCCAGUUGAGCUAGCCAAUCCAGAGAAUCAGUUUCGAAUUGACUACAUUUUAAACUUAGCUAACCAGAUAGACUUUGACUUCCCACCAGAAUUUUAUGAACAUACUAAAACUCUUUGGCAAGAUGAAGGUGUGAAGGCCUGCUACGAGAGAUCUAAUGAAUAUCAAUUGAUUGAUUGUGCUCAGUACUUUCUAGACAAGAUUGAUGUAGUCAAACAAAAUGAAUAUACACCAUCUGACCAAGAUCUCCUCAGAUGCAGAGUAUUGACAUCAGGAAUUUUUGAAACCAAAUUUCAAGUGGAUAAAGUAAAUUUUCACAUGUUUGAUGUCGGAGGACAGCGAGAUGAACGUAGAAAAUGGAUCCAGUGUUUUAAUGAUGUGACUGCUAUAAUAUUUGUGGUGGCCAGCAGUAGCUACAAUAUGGUUAUACGAGAGGACAAUCAGACCAAUCGACUUCAAGAAGCACUAAACCUCUUCAAGAGUAUCUGGAACAACAGGUGGCUACGGACCAUUUCAGUAAUUCUGUUCCUGAAUAAACAGGAUUUAUUAGCAGAGAAAGUUUUGGCAGGGAAAUCUAAAAUUGAGGACUACUUUCCAGAAUUUGCUCGCUACACUACACCAGAUGAUGCAACACCUGAGCCUGGUGAGGAUCCCAGAGUUACAAGGGCCAAGUAUUUUAUUAGAGAUGAAUUUCUUAGAAUCAGCACAGCAAGUGGAGAUGGAAGGCACUACUGCUACCCCCACUUCACAUGUGCAGUGGAUACAGAAAAUAUCAGAAGGGUUUUCAAUGACUGUCGGGACAUUAUUCAACGGAUGCACCUUCGUCAAUAUGAGUUAUUGUGAUGGAGAGCACUUUUCCCUGUGUUUUGGACUCCUUAAUACUCAUGUUAAAACAAAACACAAAACAGAUACUUGCCCACAUAGGGUAGAAGAGAAUUGAUGCAGUCACCCUCCAAUUUGCACCCUUGCCUUUUUUCCUUGCUGGACAAUAGCAGACUUUUAGCUUGCUUCUGUCUCCCUUGGACAGUUUUUAAAUGGCCAGCCAAAUAGGCUAUUUCCACCUGGGUUCCCUAACAUUAUUACCGGCAACAGAAUCAAAUAACAAAUAAAGCCCUGAAUGUGUGAAGCACCAUAAAGGAUUGGGGAAUAAUAAAACUUAAAACACAUACACUCACAUACAUACAUACACAUGUGCAUACACAUGGAGAGAAAAAUAUUUGGUAAUAUAACAUCAUUAUGGGCAAACUCAUAAUACCCAUGAUUUCAACUUUUUAUCCAUUCACUGCAUCAGAUGAGAGAAGGUGCCAAGUUACAGACCAAGUUUGAAGAAAGACACCCAAGUUUGGUUCUCUUUGAACUGUAAUGUGGCUUUGAACGGAAAUACUGACAAUUCAACAGCAGAACUAGUGCAAAAACUUACUGCUACCUUUCAAAAGGGUAUUUUUAAAUCCAGCUUUGGUGGUCUUAGGACAACCUCGGACAUUAUUAUUUGAACUGCAUACAGCCUGUGAUUGCAGAGAGCUCACCACACACUGUUUUCGGUUUGUCCACUGAUGAUCCUGUCUGCUAUAUAUAAAAAUCAUUAACUGGACAGUUGUCCUCACAGGUUUUUUUCCUUCCCUUCUUCUUCUCCUCCUUUCUUCCCUUCCCCUCAUUUUUUUUUAUUUUACUGCUGGAUUAUUAUUCUUGUACAGACUGUAAAAUGUAUUAUUUUGUACAACUUUACUGAAAAAAAAAAUAACUUGUAGAAGAUCUUUGUGCCUUGAUUAUGGCUGUACCUGUAAAAUGAGCUAAGAUGUAAGUAUGUUUGAUUGCGCUGUACAGCUUUGUCAACCCUAUCUGCAGCAUUAGCUCAUGGUAGGGAAAUUUAUCUGUAGUUUAGUUUUUCUGGUUUAUAAAAGAAGGAAAAAUACUGUUUAGUUUUAAAAAAAAAGUACAAAUUGUGCAAACUUAACCACUUUAAAAGUGAGGUCUUCAACAAGUGACCAGAUGUCGCAGCAUCAUGCUUUUUAAUUUUAGCUUUAACUCAUUUAAAUCUCUAUCCAAAUGCAAAACAUGGCUUGUUUCUACAUAAACCAAAUUUUGCUACAAAUUAUAAAUGUUAGUCUUUGGUCAUUCAUAGUCCUUUUUGCAACAAAAAAGAAAAAAAAGAAAAAAAGAAACACAAAGGCAUUGUGCAGGUAUGGUGACCCUCUGUAGACUGGGCAGAAUCCCCACCAACCUCCACUAGACUGAGUGGGCAAAAUACUAUAAAAAUGACAAGGUGUACACAGCCCUUGUAUUUGGCCACUGAAUUCCAGUUGCAAAUGACAUUUUUAUUUCUCUUUUAAUAAAGAGAUACCUUAGAAAUGUUUGUUUUUAUAUUAACUAUAUAAGUAGCUUAAAAGUGAAAAGAUGUGUGGAUUUUUCUUAAACUUGAAUAAUUUAUGCAAAUUAUAUGCUUAGAACAACAUGUGGUACAGUAAAAAGAAAAAAAGAGCAAAAAUCACUGUAGCAAUAAGAAAGCAUGUAAUUUUAGUAACUACUACACUGCUUUAUAUUUUAUACCUAGGUGUUUUAUGUCUCUGUGAGUGUUACUUUUUCAUGUGUCUAAACCUUCAUGUACAAUCUGUACAGUCAAGAAUUACAGUUGUAAUAUCCGAUUUAGAACAGUGUUAGCCUAUAUUACUUAAAAACUCCAACAAACCCAAACCAAUCUGGAUUUUAAUGAAGUGAAUUUAAAACUUGCCUCUUUAGAUUUUUCACCAAUAUUUGUUUGGGGGAAGAAAUUCAGGUUACAUGAAAAUCUGGUUGCAGUCAAUGUUUAUAUGAAUAGAUUUACAACAGCCAAAUACUGGUUUUCAGAAGUCUGUUGUUUAAAAAUUGUCACCAUUUAAAUUAGUAUGAUUUUUGUUGCUAAACUUCUGUCCCAGUCUAGUUCUUGAUUUGGUAGUAUUUGUCUUGACUCCUUUUAUCCAAGUAAUGAGUCUUGGAAAUGUUCAGGGCAAAGAUAAAUACUUUUGGAAAAUUGCCCCCAAUCUAUGCGUGUGAUAGUUGAUGUGCUUUGAACAGUUGUUUGUGUAGUUUAUAAAUUCAAGGAAAAGCUGCUGCAUGAACCUCUAAAGUGACAGAAGAUCUUGAGGUACAGGAUUGCUGUGCACUAAAGAAUGUAUCCAGUGCCUGUAGUUUUUAAGAAUUAGGGAAACUUAAUAGGCAGAAGUGGGACCUUAGAGGAAAGUUUUUAAAAAUAAGCCUUAAUUUUUGUUACCACAGCCAAAAACCUUGAAUCAUAGUGCCAAACUUUUUAAAACUUUAUUUAAGUGUUAAAGAUAUACAGAGUGUUAAGCGUGUAUUCAAACUUCUGAAAAGGCAACAAAGUUAAUCAUGUUUUUGAUUAUCAUGAAAUAUGAGAAAAGAUAAACCGAAAAACUGGAUUCAUCAUUUUGCAAAUGGUUAAGGAGAGUACCUAUUAUAAAGAAGUAACCAUGACAUUUGAUAUUGAAAACAACAAAAAAAGAAACCUUUGUAGGCAAAUCUUAAUGCUAGAUGAUGAUGUUUAUUUAAAAAAUGUUUUCUCUGUCCCGUCCCACCCCAUUUUUGUGUGAAGAAAGGCAUAUUUUCCAAAGGGUAUGGAUUGUAUGAUUGUAUACUGUUAGGUUUUUUUUUUUUUAAUCAGUCAUGCAGUUUGUUGGCCUAGUAACAAGCCUUUUAAAAAUAACUCUUCUUUCUUUUUUACUACCCUCUUAAAAAGAUGAAUCUUUAAAGCUUAUUCUUUAGCAACUUGGUGGGGGGUUUCUGUCACAAAUUUUGUGACCAUUGAUUUGCUAAUAUCAUAUUUGAACCAUUCCAAUGUAACACUUUCCCAUAUUUUCUUAGACCUAAGUUUUUUUUCCUUUCUAUUUAUUUAUUUUUGAUUUCUUAUUUUCAUAAUCAAGGACCUUUAUCUUUCCGUCUCAGUCCCCCAUCUUUGACCUUCCAGACAAGAGUUUACUCAUUCUAUUCAGUGUUCAUGAUGCUGAAGUGUAAGAUACCUGCAAAUGUAAACACUACCACUUUUAAUAAUAAAAAAUAUAGGGACACAUUUGCAUUGCUAUAGUAUAAGGUUGUCAGCAUUUCCAUGAUAAAUCCUUAAGUGGUCUGUCUAUAUCUUGGCACUUAAUAUUUUUCUCCAAGCCAAAAUUUAGUUAAUACAAAACCUUGACUCAGGAGUCAUUUGUUUUUGUUUUGUAUUUUGGGAUAGGGAAUGAAUAUCAAUUUUCAACCAAAACUGUUGGUUCGGUUUUAAGUUAUACAACUGUUUUGUUUAGGGGUUGGUUUAAAAAAAUAAUAACCAGAAUAAUAAUAAUAAUUAUUGGUUCCAAGUUGCUUUUUGACACUUGUAUAACUCAAAAACGGUUUUGUUUUUAGGGGGAAAAUGACACUUGGCAAACAAUUACUUAUAAAUAUGAUCUGAUCACUUUGGGGUAUUUUUUUGUGAAAUAAUAAUAAAUGGUAGAGAUGUUGUGGUUUCAAAGUCA